AUGUCUGGCCUACAAAAGACUGUUGUAGUUGUAGGCGCGACUGGUAAACAAGGCAGCUCCGUUGUCCAGGAAUUCCUUCAGAAGCCUCUCGAGUAUCGAGUUCGCGGUCUUACGAGAGAUCCGAAUUCUUCAAAAGCGAAAGCCUUAUCAGAACAGGGCGUGGAGGUCGUCCAAGCCGAUGCGAAUGACUUUGCCAGUCUGUCAAACGCAUUUCAGGGUGCUCAUGUCAUCUACGCCAUGACAGAUUUCUGGCAAGCUAUGUCCUUUGACGUGGAAUAUGAACAAGGAAAGGCCAUGGCGGAUAUUGCGGCAGGCCUGCCUCAGCUCGAACAUCUUGUAUGGGCCGGACUUCCAGACGGGAGAGCUAUAUCUGAAGGAAGAUAUACCCAUAUCUAUCACUGGCAGAGUAAGGCGGCUGUCACCGACUAUAUUCGCGAGUCAAAACCAGACCUUUGGGCAAGGACUACGGUGAUACUGUUUCCGAACUACUUUGAGAAUUGUACAACUAAUCCCCGCUCGUAUCUACCGGUAAAACAAAGCGACGGCGUAUAUGUGCGAUCGUUUCCGCUGCCAGCUGAUACGCCUCUACCGAACGUGUCAAUCGCCGACACUGGUAAGCUGGUAUAUCAAGUCGUAACGCACAACACAGAAUAUUACAAGCGUACAAUCGCAUUCUAUUCCCAAGCCAUCAGCGAAGGUGCAAAGCUUGAAGUUUUAUCAAAGCAUCACGGUAUUCCUGUCCGAUACGAGCAGAUCUCGGAGUUGCAAUUUCGGACCGCCCUCGAAGCGCACAUGCCACCCAUCACCGCGCUGGACUUUACUGAGCAGCUGAUGUUAUUUGACGGAUGCGGAAUGAUCUAUGACAGACCCGAGUUUGUGCAGGCAAAUCAGAUUGAAGGACUCGAGCUGAAGACAUGGGAGACCUACGUUAAGGGUGAGGAUCUCUUGUCUCAUAUGGAGAGUGCCUGA